CCUAGAUUCACUAUUAAGUGUUUAAACCACUUCUCACAAUGUACCAUAUUAGCACCAGCAUUGAGAUCUCGGCUUCUCCAGAAGCAGUACGGGAGAAGUUCCUGGACUUCUCCCAACUCCCCAAUUACCAUCCCAACGGCUUGUUCAAGGUUCUUGGUCCCCUCGUGCCGGGCGAGCCGCUCAACCCGGGGCUCAAAAUGCACAAUGAGCUGGACGGGAUGACCUUUGAGCCGACUCUUCUUGAAAACUCGCCCGCGUGUUUCCGGUGGCAAGGGAGCGGCCUGAUGGGGACGUUCAAGGGUCAACACAUCUUCCGCUUUGAGUCGAGCAAGACGACGCCAGGGGGGACGACCUUUACACAUGAAGAGAAGUUCACGGGCCUGCUGUCUUUUAUCAUGAGUGAGGGUUCCGUUGCUCGAUCAAUCGGCUUGAGGGAGAAGACGCAGAACGGGUUCAUCCAAUAUAAUAACGACUUGAAGAAGUGGUGUGAAUAGAAAUAAUAUUUGAUUAUCCUUUUAUGAUAAAAGAUCAACAAUAGCAGACCCUUUUUCUAAACUAGACUUUGCCAACUCUA